AUGUCUUCCUCUUUUAUGUCAACCACGUUGAGUGGUAUUCCAACGUCUAAUUGUUCCAAUUUACUCUUGUCACUCACACACAAAACGUCUAACCAUUACGAUAAGCGGAAUGCACUGACACUCCACAUCAUAUUGUGGCUGAUUCUUGUUCAAAAGACUAACUUACUCCACUUUACAAAGAACAGUUCUCUCGACUUUAACGUGAUUAAUGGAAUCCAGGAAAAUUGGAAAUUUAGGUAA